AGAAUUAACAGAUAUGGAGAAAGGAUUAGAUGGAGGGAGGGAGCUGCUUGAAGCAUUGAAGGAUAUUGAGGAUCAUUUCACUAGGGCAUAUGAUUCUGGGAGAGAAGUGUCCAGGUUGUUGGAGUCAAAUUGGGUUCACACCCAACCAAAUUUGGAGGAUUUGAGAGGAAACAUCACAACAAAACUGCUAGCACUCACAUGGAUGCCUACCCCAGCAGCAGCUCAUUCUCCAUUGUCAUCAUCUUCUUCUAAUAAGAGGAGUCUUGUGGCGUCUACUUCAAAAAGCUCCUCCACCUGGAUGACAGAAAUCACCAACGAUGUCUUUGGUGACCAUGGAGGAUCCGGAAGCCAUUCACUAACGCUCGGAAGGCUCUAUGCUUGGGAGAAGAAGCUCUAUGAAGAGGUCAAGAAUGGGGAUAUCACUUGGAAAUUGUACGAGAAGAAAUGCAAGAAGCUAAGAAGAAACCAAGAUGCUGCCAGAAUAGGUGAUGAAGAAGGAAAGAGAGGAGGAGGGGCAGUAAAGGAAUUACAAAGCAGGAUUAUAAUCGCUAUUCGCAGUGCAGAAACAAUUUCAAAAAGAAUUGAGAAUCUUAGAGACAACGAGCUUCAACCUCAAAUUAUUCAACUCCUUCAAGGCAUGAUGAGUGCUUGGAAAAUCAUGUUGGAGUCCCACGAGAUUCAGGACAAAAUCAUGUCCCAGGUGUCAAGCUUCAACUGCCCUACCUAUGGAAAAUUCUGCAAUGAUUCCCAUCGCCUUGCAACCCUCCAGCUUCAGGUUGAGCUUCAGAAUUGGCGUUCUUGCUUCACUGCAUAUAUUGCGGCCCAGAAAGCAUAUGUUCGGUCCCUCCAUGCCUGGCUGUCUAAGUUUGUUGUUGUUUCUCAUGCCGCUGACUUCUACUAUUCCACCAAUGGUCCCCCACUUCUCACUGUUUGCCGUGACUGGUUAUCUGCAGUGGAUAACUUGCCUGACAAGUCAGUUUAUUGUGCUCUAAAAUCA